AUGAGUUAUGUACGUGAGAAUCAACAAUCUACUACGGAAAAUGGAAAGCCAAGCAAUAAUAGCUUAACAACAUCGCCACCAUCAACUGGUGAUAAGAUCAGUGAAAGAGAAAAUGGAACAGUGUUCAAAAUUUAUGAAAAUGAAGAAGACACAAAUGAUGCUGAAAAUGACAAACAAUAUAAUAACAGCUCUAUAGUUCGUCAAUCUAUCAAAGAGUAUCAGAUAUUUCCUGCAGAUGACGUUUUCGAUAUAAAUGAAAUACCACUACAUUUGACAUCAUAUCUUAGAGUAGGUGAUUUAAGAUCAAAGAAGCGUGUCAAAUCUAUUUUUAAACUGCGCAAUUAUUGCGAUCCAUAUACAAAUGAGAAGUUUAGUUUAGAUACAGACGAUAUAGAUUCUGAUCAUGAUGUUGAUCAUAUUCAUGAAGCACAAGUCAUCGCGGCUGCGAUUCUACGCACAUCUGAAUUAGCGCCACGUAUUAGUAAUGUAUUAUUAUUGAAUCCAUUACGUGAUGUUCUCAAUGAUUCAAAAAAUCUUACAAUAACACCGGCCAAAAUAAAUCGUUCAAAAGGACAAGCAGUAAGAUUUUACUUAAAUCAUUUGGACAAGAAAUCUGAAAUGCCAUUAUUAUCUGCCUUCAUUCAAACAGCAGUUGGAAAAGAACGAUAUAUUGCUCAAUUUGCACAUAAUAUAGUGAAAGUAAUUCAAGAUAGCUGGAAUGAUGUGAGUGAGAAUAUGAGAGAGACAAAACCAGAAAAUGGAAACAUUAGUGGUCAAAUUUAUGUCACUUUGGCUGAUAAUUUUGAUCAUAUUGUAGAAAAAAUGCAAUUAGAUUGGAAUGAGGGAAUAAAACUACGUAAUGGUCGAAUAUAUUGUUCUUCGAAUAAAUAA